AUGAGUACUCAGUGCUUGAGCUGGACAAUCAUCUAUCUCUCCCUAGUGUACGUUCUUGGCCAUGUAUUCAAGUCUUUGGGUGCCAUACCUAUAUUGGGAGGAAAGAUGCUACAUACAAUCCUAUCAUUGGUUGGCCUGAGUCUAAUAGCUCUGGGGACAGGAGGUAUCAAACCCUGUGUGGCAGCUUUUGGUGGUGACCAGUUUGAAGAAAAACAUGCAGAGGCAUGGACUAGAUACUUCUCAGUCUUCUACCUCUCCAUCAAUGCAGGGAGCUUGAUUUCUACGUUCAUCACACCCAUGCUGAGAGGAGAUGUGAAGUGUUUUGGGGAAGACUGCUAUGCCCUUGCUUUUGGAGUUCUGGGAUUGCUCAUGGUAGUAGCUCUUGGUGAGUAGAGCAUGGAAGGAAACUGGUAGCCGUUGGGUCCUGCCACGUGAAAGGCAUCGUGUAGGCACUCUACAUGAACUAUUUCGUUAAACCCUACCACUAGCCCUAGUAGGCAAGUGGUAUGCUAGUGAUCGCCCUUUGAUUUUGGAAGUAAAUUAUGAAUGGCAUCCAA